AUGUCUACUCCGCGCAUUGCAUUUGAAGGUUGCGGUCACGGCAGCCUUCAUGAGAUUUAUGAGCGCGUCCAGCAGAAGGCGCAGGCCAAGAAAUGGGAAACCGUUGAUCUGCUCAUCAUUGGCGGGGAUUUCCAGGCUUUGCGUAACUCCAACGAUGCGACUUGCUUGUCUGUGCCGGCCAAGUACAAGCAGAUUGGCGAUUUCCACGAAUACUACAGUGGUCAGCGUACAGCUCCUUUCUUGACCAUAUUCAUCGGUGGCAAUCAUGAGGCAGGAAACUACCUGCUAGAGCUUUACUACGGUGGCUGGGUCGCUCCCAACAUUUAUUUCCUCGGCGCGGCCAAUACCAUUAGGUUUGGUCCCCUGCGCAUCUCUGGCAUGUCCGGAAUAUGGAAGGGAUACGACUACCGCAAGCCCCAUUUCGAGCGCCUCCCUAUGAAUGGCUCUGAUAUUCAGUCUAUCUACCACGUGCGCGAACUCGACGUCCGCAAACUCCUUCAGGUACGCAGCCAAGUUGACAUUGGCCUGUCCCACGAUUGGCCGCGUGCCAUCGAAAUGCACGGCAACUUCACUCGUCUCUUCAGGCAGAAGAGAGGAUUUGAAGAAGAUUCUGUCAGUGGUAGAUUAGGAAAUGAAGCUGCUCGUGAAGUCUUCAACUACCUUCGCCCGGCUUUCUGGUUUUCGGCACAUCUUCAUGUCCGUUUCACCGCCGAGGUGCAGCAUUCAAGAACUACUUUGGGUCCUGCUCAGGCCAUUUCCCCAAAGAUUGCCGUCCCCGACACCGCCGAUGUUCCCGCUGGCAGUGUUUUCGCUUCCGACGUCCCUGCUGCCGAUAUCCCAGGUGAUAACCUUCCUGCUGCUGCUAGUAAGGGCGAUGUAUCCAACAGUUCCCAAGGCUUGUUUGUGAAUGGAGCGGUCCGACAGGCUACUGGAACCGAGGCUGAGCAUCUUGCUGCCUGGAAUAACCUCCACAAUGUGGCCCAAAGAGACGAAGCGCGCGAUGCCAAUCACCAACAGGUGUCGGGCUAUGUGCGCCCAAUGGAAACAACUGAGAUCUCAGUCAUCAAAGGAGUAAAGAGAAACAUUGUGCGCGGUUCCGAUGGACAGCCGACUGAACUACCUGAUGAAAAUCAAAGCAAAGUUGAAAAUACCGAUAAAGUCGAUUUGGAUAGCAGCCCUGAAAGCAGCCCCGUCGCUAAGUCCCGCCCUGAACCAGUGAUUCCAUUGAAGGCCAAGACAGUUGUUGCGGACCAAGGCUCAAAAGUCGACAACGAUGACAGGAUUAGCUUGGGUAGCAGCCCAGUCAGCACGAGUAACGCCCUGUUAGCCUCUGACCAAACCAAACCUCUCUCGAAAGUGGUACCCAAAUUUGGCCUUGAUUCUUCAGCCGAUACCAGCGACCCUGACUCCGAUGAUGACCUCCUUGGGGCUCUGGGCACCCAGCUUCCAGGUAGCUUGGAUGCUCCACCCCCUCCAGCCCCAAAGCCACAGAAAGAACUCGCUGCGGAAAUUAAGAACCUCACAACUAAAUUCCUCGCUCUGGACAAGCCGAUGCCCAGGGAUGAGUUCGUUGAACUGCUUGAAAUCGAACCGAUCUCUGCGGUACCUGGCAAUGAGAUCCAGCGUCCCUUCUGCUUGCAAUACGAUCCCGAGUGGCUCGCAAUCAGUCGCGUUUUCGCAGACGAUCUUGAACUUGGCAAUCCGUUUGCCCGCGUUCCUGAUCACAAGGGUGAUAAUCACUACAAACACCGCAUUGAAGAAGAGCGUGCUUGGAUUGAGGAGAAUGUCGUCAAAGCUGGCCGUCUGGAUGUCCCCUACAACUUUGUACAGACUGCUCCCCCCUAUGACCCAUCCGUAUCUAUCGCCACUGAGGACCAGCCUCCUGAGUACACCAACCCUCAGACCACUUACUUUUGCGAUUUGAUCGGUAUCGAGAACAAGUUCGAUGUCUCGAAUGAGGAACGUGAGGCUCGUGCCCUUGCUGGUCCCCGUCCAGAUAACUAUCGUGGUGGCGGUAGACACAAUGGUCACCGUGGGGGUCGCGGUCAUGGCAGGGGUCCGCACCGUGGGAACCGAGGCCGUGGUGGCCGGGGCGGUCGUGGCGGUCGUGGCGGUCGUGGCGGUCGUGGCGGUCGUGGCGGUCGUGGCGGUCGUGGCGGAUGGUAG